AUGCGGUUUCAUGCAACUACUACAAGAAGAUUACCAGAAGGUGGGACUUUUCGUGCUAAACUACACCAAAUUGGAGGAAACAGAAACGUCAAGUCAUGUACGAGGUGUCCACAGGAGGUUAAAGACGGGUUGAAGGCGUAUGUUUUGAGCCAAAAGGCCAAUAAAACAAAUGACGCCCUGGGUGAUUUGGCUGAUGAACAGGAGGAUGAUGAAGUAAUAGAGAUACAUGCUCAUCAAAACAAGAGGCAGAAGACUAAUGUGAAGGGGCCAUUAGAUGUGAUGUUUUCAAAAGGUAAAGGAAAACAAGUUCAAACAAGCAUCAAGGAUGCUUGUAAUAAAGAGAUCCGAGCCAAAACCAUACAGUCCAUUGCAGCGUUUUUCUACCAGGCUGGGAUUGCAUUUAAUGUGGCUAAUAUGGACUGCUUUAAAGAGAUGCCUGUGGCUGUUGGGAACUCUGGGCCGCAUUUAAAGACUCCAUCAUACCAUGAGCUUCGCGUUCCGUUGCUAAAAAAUGAGGUACAACUUGUGGAGGAGUGGGUCGAAACUCAUAGAACUGAGUUGAUAAAGUACGGUUGUUCGGUAAUGUCGGAUGGAUGGCCAGAUAGGAAGCAAAGAACGUUGAUUAACUUUCUUGUCAACGGUUCUAAAGAAACGGUGUUUAUGGAGUCUGUUGAUUCUUCGUCGUAUAUGAAGACUGGUGAAAAGGUUUUUGAGCUCCUAGAUGAGUUUUGGAAAGGAUUGGGGCAGGUUAUUACCGACAAUGGGAGCAACUUUAAGCUAGCAGGUUAA